CCCGAUUCCAAGCCCGCGUCCAAGCCAAAGAGAGUGCGCACCGGCUGCCUAACAUGUCGAGAUCGGCAUCUCAAAUGCGACGAGUCAGUACCGGCUUGCCGAAAUUGUGAAAAGGGUGGCCGGAAAUGUAUACGUGGCAUUCGACUCAAUUUCUCAAAUGUCACGAUCCAUGAUUCAUCUUACUUGGUCCCAUUUGGUCCCUGUAAUUUCCUAUUUCAAGAUGAUUCUCGACGUAUCGCUUCGGAGUAUGAAGGGGGGUCGAACAGAUACGCAGAUACUGCCCAUAGCCAAGCCACUAGUCACAACAUGAUGGCCCAGACGCAAUCCCCAAGUCCAGAUCCAGGACCAUCCGACCAUGUUCUUCAAGGGCAUAUAUGGCACGUCUAUAUCUCACCAGAAGGCUCAAACACAACGAGGAGCAUAUAUAGCGACACUACCUCUGAGCGCGAGUUCCUUGACAUGCCCGAGCACGUUCGAUAUAUGCAAAUUUACGUGGAAGAAGUUGCGAUAUGGAUGGAUUCAUUCAACAAAGGGAAAUACUUUAGCGAGUGUCUUCCGUACAGAGCACUCGACUCUCCUCUGCUGCUCUAUUCCCUCUUGGCCUGUGGGAUUCGACGCUUGUCACAACGCCACCCCAACAUGGGUGACACAGCUGCAGCAUAUUACAGCACAGCGAAUAUGCAGCUAUUUCGCUAUCACGAGAAUCCAGAGCGCAACAUAGAAGAGUGCUCGAUUGUAGCGGUCAUUCUCAAACUUUACAACAUCAUGUUCAGAGAAGGGCCGCAGAGUGGGGGGCAUAGUCCUGCCGUACUCAACUCUAUCAUCAGCGAGAGCCAGUGGAAUGCAGAGAGCGAUGGCAUCGGAUCAGCAUGCUUCUGGUUAAAUGCUUAUUUAGACAUUGUGGGCAGCCUGGAGGCAGGCUACUGUCUCUUUGUUGACUCAUGGAGUGUUAAUAUGGACAUGCCUAGCGACAGCAGCGAAGUUAUGACACAUGGUGGCGAAGAUUUGUGGGUGCAAAGGAUACUCUUCAUAUUAGCCAAGGUUAUAAGCUACAGACUGUGUGUUUUGUCAUUUACGGAUAUAGAUUUGCUGGAGAACAGGACCCUGGAGAAUCUUUUGCCGGAAUGGAAGCGUCUGAAGCAGCUCUGCGAUCAAUGGAACGACGCAUGCCCGAGGAACAUGCGUCCAUUGGGAUACAUGUACCCCGAUCAGACAGAAAAUAAUUCUGCCUUUCCGAAAGCAUGGCUUCCCAAACGAGAGGCAGUUUUUUGUCGUCUUCUAUACCACACCGCACAGUCGAUACUCACCCAGACACAUCCCAUGGAGCAAACCAUGCUGUCGGAGGAAAUGAUUGCGCUUCAGCUGCAUCAUGCUCGUGAAGCAUGUGGGAUUGUAGCACACACCGAGGAUCGCUGUCUGGGCCCGAUAUCCGUACAGUCGCUUUUGAUUGCUUUGGGCGCCUUGACGGAAGACAAAGAGCGGAUGGAAGUUGUGAAUGUCUUG